GUAAAAACGAAUGGUAACGUAGUUUUAAAAUCGUAGUUGUUUUUAAAAUUAUAGACCUAAUACCUAUAAAAAUAAUUUCGUUAAUUUUCCAUUUGUAUUAUUAUUUUGAGUUAUAUAGACAUUAUUUUUUUAUCUCGGUAGUUUUUUAAGUUAAAAAUGGACGUAGACUCUGAUUCAGACUCAUCUUCUUCUGGAGGUUCUAACGACGAAGAGUAUGAAAAAUUUAAACAAGACGAACUGAAGAAGAAAGUAGAUAUUUUGGAAAAUAAAAUUCUAAGUAAUCCUUCAGAUUAUGAUGCACAUAUUGAACUAAUAGCAGUUCUUCGAGAGGCUAAGGAUUUGGAAGAAAUACGUAAGGCUAGAAUACGUUUACAUGAAAAGUAUCCUUUAAGCUCAAAUUUGUGGUUAGAUUGGAUAAAAGAUGAAAUUUCUAUUGCGACUACUGAUGAAGAAAAAAGGCAUGUAACUGAUUUGUGUGAAAAAGGAGUGAAAGAUUAUCUAAGUAUAGAUUUGUGGUUAGAAUAUGUACAAUUUAGUAUUGGAUGCAUGACUGAUAAUGCUGGAACAGAUACUAUAAGACAAUUGAUGGAAAAAGCAUUAGCAGCUGGAGGUCUUCACGUGCCAAACGGCAAUGUUCUUUGGGAAGUUUAUAUUGUAUUUGAAAAACUAAUUUUGGCAUCUUUAAAGGAAAGUACUGAUGAAAAGUCUAUAAAUGAACAAAAACGUUGUGUUAACAAUUUGUAUCGUCGGCAAUUAUCUGUUCCUCUGUUUGACAUGGAACAUACCUAUGCUGAAUACAAACAGUGGUUAGUUGAAGAAAAUAUAGAAGAAGACAAAGCCGUGGAGGAUGGUUAUAAACGAGCACUAAGCAAAUUACAAAAAAUUCAAGUUUUUGAAGAUAAUUUGUUAUCAAAAGAAGCUAAAGAUCGUUUAAAUCCUUAUUUGGAGUAUAUAAGUUGGGAAAAAAAUCCUAAAGAAGGAGGUAACAAACCAAAUAGAAUAAUUUGUUUGUUUGAACGUGCAGUGGCAGAUCUCCCAUUAGAACAAUCUCUUUGGACUGACUAUGUAGAUUAUGUAGCUUUUACAAUUAAAGAAGCAGAUACUAUAUUAAAUAUUUGUAAGAGAUCAGUAGCCAAUUGUCCGUGGUCUGUAAUCCUUUGGUGUACAUAUUUAAUUCAAGCUGAAGCUAACAGUUUAGCUCAUGAUGAAAUCACUGCUAUCAUGGAAAAGGCAUUAUGUUCAUGGUUUAGCUCAGCAGCUGAUUACCGGUCUUUAUAUUUAACAUAUAUAUACUAUUUGAGGCGACGUCUUAAUUGUACAGAUCCUGAAACUAAAGUGAAACGAAUUCAAGAUGUAAGAUUAAUGUUGGAACAUGCUCAAAAAUAUCUUAUUCAAGGGUAUGGAUAUGAAGGAGAUCCAUCUUGUGAGUUGCUUUUAUGGUGGACAGAUUUCGAAGCAAUUAUAACUGGGGACAUGGAACGUGUGCGGAAUAUGUGGAAUGACAUUUUAAAUGCUGGACAUAACCAUUCAUCUUCAUAUUGGAUAAAAUAUCUUAAUUUAGAAAUGCAAUUUGGAGAUCAAAAACACGUAAGAAAACUGUUUACGAGAGCUUUAAUGACAAACACAGAUUCGCCAGAGACGAUAGGUAUGGAAUGGAUCAAGUAUGAGUCUUUACACGGAGAUUUAGACAGUUUAUUAAAUUGUCAAGACAAGUUUAAAUCCAAAAUGAAGCAAGUACAAGACAUUCGAGUAAAAGAACAAACAGAAAAUAAAGGAGGACCUAAGGAGAAAGAAGCUAAAAAGAGAAAAUGGGAAGAGAAAGAACCCAAAAAACCUCAUGAAGAUAAUUCAAAUGGAAACUUUAAAGUGCCUUACAAUAAAAAAGAAGUAAAUGAUUUAGGACCAUCACCUGUUAAAAAAUCUAAACCAGCGGAAAUCACCCUGGAAAAAGGUGGACGUCAUUUCGAGAUAGAAGGCAAAGAAGAUCGUGCAGUGUUUGUAAGCAAUUUGGACUUUGCUGUGACUGAACUAGAUGUUAAAGAUGCUUUUUCAUCAGUCGGACACUGUGAAGUGUUGUUAGUAAAAGAUUUUAAGAAUCGUUCCAAAGGAUUUGGCUAUGUGCUGUUUGAAAGACCGGAAAUAGUAGCAAAAGCAUUAGAACAAGAUCGUGUACUAGUAAACAAUCGUCCAAUGUUUGUGUCUAAAUGUCAUCCUGAUAAGCAAAGUAGAGCAACAGGGCUACGGUUUCCUACUCAACUUGAAAAAAAUAAGUUGUUUAUUAAAGGUUUGCCUUACAGCAGCACAAAAACCGACGUAGAAAAUAUGUUUAAAGAAUAUGGAGCCUUAAAAGAUGUCCGUAUUGUAACAUUUAGAAAUGGACAUUCAAAAGGAUUGGCAUAUGUUGAUUUUGAAGAUGAGGUUUCUGCUGCAAAUGCACUUCUUAAAACUGACAAUAUGGUAAUUGACGGUAAAACAAUAUCAGUAGCCUUGAGUCAACCACCAGAACGUAAAAUCACAGAAAAAAAGUUGUAUCCACCAGUUGCUAGAUUCAAGUCACAAUCAUUAAAUUCAUCACUUGGACCUCGAGAGCAUGCCCGUACAAAGUUGUCUCUAAUGCCAGCCGUUCUACAAAAGAAGUCAUUACAAAUAACAUCUACUUCAACAUCGAGUACUUGUCCUGAAAAAGCAGCCUUAAGUAAUGAUGAUUUUAGAAAAAUGCUUCUAGGCAGUAAAUAAAUAUUUAUAAUUACUUGAUUUCUAUUACUCUUUACAAAUAUAAAAAAUAAAAUUAGAAUUUUUUACCUCUAUUUUUUAAGAAAAAAAAUAUUUCAAAUAGUAAAGUACCUAUAAUAAUAUAAUAUG